GCUGGAUGGCAGUUCCCUGUCGGACGUAUCCAUCGUUUGCUACGAAAAGGCAACUACGCCGAAAGGGUUGGUGCUGGCGCUCCGGUCUACCUGGCUGCCGUCGUCGAGUACCUGACCGCCGAAGUGCUCGAGUUGGCCGGCAACGCUGCCCGCGACAACAAGAAGUCCAGAAUCAUCCCACGUCACCUGCAGUUGGCGAUCCGCAACGAUGAAGAGUUGAACAAACUUCUAUCCGGAGUGACAAUCAGUCAAGGAGGUGUCCUGCCUAACAUUCAAGCUGUCCUCUUGCCAAAAAAGUCUGCAAAGGCCCACUAAGAAGUUUGCCGUUAGGAACCAAGCUGUAGGCCGUACCAGUAAAACCACCGGCCCUUUUCAGGGCCACCAUUUCUUCCCAGAAAUGAUCUCUA